AUGGUCUUCGACUUCUUCGACCCGCCCGCACGGGCAGCGGAUUGGAGGGUGGAAGCCUGGGGAGUGCUGAGCUCCUCGGAAAGGAAGCGCAUGGAAGCGAGAAAGCUGUUGGAUGAGGCAAUCAACUGCGUGGCAGAGGCUUUUGGGAACAGCUCGAGCUCGCCGCCGAAGGUGCUGGUUUUGGGCUGUGGUCUCUCACCCUUGGUUUUCACUUUGGCGGAUCGCCUGCCAUUCGUGAAGACGGGAUGUAUGGAGUUGUCACCGACCUUACUGGAGAGCCUCGAGGCCAUGGCAUGGUCAUUGCCGCGGCGGCCCCAGUUCUUCGUGCAGGCGGACAUUACGGACCUGCGACGAAGACGUGGUCGAGAUCACCAGGUGCUAAGUCCGGGGUCCUUUGACGUGCUGGUGGACGAGAAUGUCCUGGAUGGUUUGGCGUGUCGCUUCCCUGCGCAGCGAGGCCUUGAGUCCCUGCGCGAGGCCCUGCGCGGCAUCGCAUGGCUAUUGAAGCCUGGAACUGGCCGCUUGCUCACGAUCUCCUUUGCACCCCUGACGGUCGAGCCGCACAGGGAAGCCUUUGAUGACUGGGUGCUGCUGCCGCCGUGCGCGCUUCAACGUGAGACGAUUCAUGUGGCAACAUGGGCACCCAAGGGUGCCAGAGAAAAUGCUGCUGCUCGAGAGACGUAUGCAGUUUCACCUUGUACACCAUCUGAGAAAUCACUCUCUCCUUUUCAGGAGGCGUUGAACUUCCUGGAUGCGGAUCCCUUGUGGCUCUUCGGCAUCGCAGAUCCCGCUACACAGCGGGCGUUAGAGAAGACUGCAGUGGUGCCCAUGCUGAGAUGUAUGGGGCAACGGCCCUGCAUCGAAGAGUGGUUCUCGUACCUGAACGCCGACGAACAGGGCGAUGCUCCCUUUAGAUGGGUGGUCGAAAGCUUCGCUGAGGUGGAGCUGCCCGAGCCCUGGACCUCCUUCAAGGGGGUCGGCUCGGUGGUUUGCUACCUCAACAACGAGACCAAUGAAACCACCUGGAAACAUCCUUUUUAUGACUACUUCGCGCAGCUGUUGAACCACUGCAGAAGAUCAACGAAUGAAGAGCACAUUAAGCUCCGAAUCAACCGAGUCCUUUGGUCUUAUGAGGCAGAGUCUCAGACCGAUGUGCAAUCCCAGAUGCCGCUGGUCUCUCCGAAGUACGUGAAGAUCUUGGCGGAGAUCCUCGACUGUGAACUAGUGACGGAGCCCUUCAUGGUUCGAACGCUGAAGACCUUCUUAAAGGCCUUUUCUCAGAUGUACCACGAUGGCGAGUUAGACACACAAGAGGUCAUCUAUUGCCUGGACAUCGUGAAGAACGAGCGAGCCAAAGCAUCCGUGGCCAAGCAGCUGAACAUCGAUGAGGUUGACAUCGAUGACUUGGGCGGCCAAGGGCAGAUGUAUUGUGUGGAGUGCCUCCACACUGAAGCCAAUGUGGCCCACUUGUAUUGUCCGGAGUGUGGCGAUAGCCUUUGCUUGAACUGCUUUGAGAAGCUCCAUGCCAAGGGGCAUCGCGCAACCCACGAGCCGAACCACUUCAUCCUUUGUGUCAUGUGCAAGGUGAUGCCAGCCAAAUUGCAGUGCACCUACACGCGAGGGAAGUACUGCAGUGACUGCUAUCACAGAAAACAUGCGAAGACGCUGCCGAAGUUCUUAGACCUGAAACCGCUCAAGAUCGACUACAAACGCUCCGCCAAGUUGGAACGAGAAGAGAAAGCGCGGAAGGAAGGCGCGACGGAAGCGAAACGGCGCGCGCGGCAAGGGGGCGGGGGUGUGUCCCAUCCAAGCAUGGAAGCCGAAGGAUGGAUGUUCUGUAUGGGGCGUGAAGAGCUGAAUUAA